UCGCAUUGAGGUAUUGUGGGUGAUUUUAAAGUAAAGACUCGGGUAUUUCCUGCAGUCACGCUGGAGCAAGACUCACGCUCUUUUAUUAUCGAUCACGGUUAUCUGCUUUGUUGUAGGAUUGCACGCUGGGUCUUUUAUCACAAAAGUUCGGCUGUUAAAGCAGACGCGAUGACCCAGAGGUUCUUAUUUAAAGCUUCUCUACUUUACAAAGACAUUUGCCCUGAACAGUCGCGCUUUCUUAUGCAAAGGCAUCAGAGCGUUGCGGCUACCCUGCCGGUGUCUAUGAUCUGCCCCUUCUGUUUCCAGUGGCGACAACUGGGCAAUCAUCACAUGCGUCUACGGCCCAAGCGGAAGCCCACAGCGAGGAUUAGGAGACUUCUGAAGAGGGAGUCGGCAGGAAAGUGGCUGAGCGCAGAACAGACUGUAGUCCUUCAAAAGUUUAAAAGGGCCUCCAAUGCUCUGGUGAGGUCAUGUCCACCUGCUUUAUGUCCCUUUUCAGUUCAGAUGCUUGGAAUAGAGACAGACAGUAUGGGUGAAAGAGGGAGAAUGGGAUCGGGACAUGACCCAGGUCAGACACCAAACUGGGGUCCUUGUGGAGCAGCAGCUCUUGCGUUUCCUGACCAUGUGUACAGCCCACUGCACCACUGCUCUUAUCCCAUUUCGGUUUUAAACCCUUUAGCCACCUUGCUUGCUAGACUUCCAUU